UAUGCCCUAUUCUUUUUUUCACCGUACACUAUGCAUUUUCUUUACUUUUUUAGCUAAAUUUGCAAACAUAUGAUUGCUUUUUUUUUUUGGAUACCGAAUCCUGAAGUUGGCGCAUAUAUGUGUCGGUAUCUGAGUGUGAAAAUAUAACUUGGGCAGGACACUGCUGUAGAGAGAGCCGGAGAUGGAUCAUAGACGUAUAACAAGUGAGAAGGCGGGUGAUGGUCGUAGACAAGAUGAAGAAGUAGAAGUAACCAGAGACGAAGAAAUGGAGACCUUGAAGAAUAGAAUCAGAGGCCAUGAGUUGUUUAGGCUGUUGAUUGAGAAGCAUAUGGACUGUCUCAAGGUGAGCUUAGGAGAUGAUGAAGAUGUGGAGACAACAUUUGAAGCAGCUGAGAACACAGAAUGCAGCGCCAACUCACAGCCAUCUCCAGAUCUUGAUAAAUUAAUGGAACUUCACUGCAUGGCACUAGGCAAGUUGAAGGAAGACAUGGAGACCGAGUUGCAAGAGACCCUGUCUUUCAUUAGCGAUAUGUAUCUGGAAAUUAAUUAGCCCUAACUUCUUAAUAUUCGCUAGACAUGCAUGAUCUCCUCAUCUGAUCAGCUUCGUACUGAGAUGAGACGUUUGCUGAUAAGUGUAUUAUUUUUGCAGAAUUAACUUCGUAAUUGCAUAUCGCACCCCCUAAGUAUCGUUCAAAAACGAUAGAGUACCGAUACUUUAAGAAACUCAACUCGCACCCCUUAUCUUUACUUCUCAAAACCGAUAUGCACCCCCUGCCGUUAACUUCCGUUAACUCAGUGCACUCCGUUAAGUCAGUAUAUAUAUAUGAGGUAAUUGCAUAUCGCACCCCCUAAGUAUCGUUCAAAAACGAUAUUGUACCCAUACUUUGAGAAACUCAACUCGCACCCCCUAUCUUUACAUUUCACGAACGAUAUGCACCCCCUCCGUUAAAUUCCAUUAAAUUCCGUUAACUUCCGUUAAAAUACUCCUUUCGUCUCAAUUUACAUGUCCUUUUUGCUUUUCGCGGGGUCAAAUUGACUAAUUUUUGACCGACUAUUAGAAAAUAUUUAUUUAUUAUUUUAGGAAAUAGAAAGUUACAUAUUAAAAUAGACUAGAUUUACUUUUUUUGAUUAUUUUUUUUAAAAAAAUUUGUUUAAUUAAGCUAUCCCCAAGUCAAAAUGAUUUUACAUAUCAAAUUUUUGUUGGAUAAAAGUGUAUAUUUUAUAAAAAUAUCACAUAAUAUUUAUUUUUUAUAUUUAAAAUAGUUUAUAUUUUAAGUACUUAAUACACAUACCACUAAAAAUUUAAAAUAAUUUGAUAUGUAAAAUCAUUUUGACUUAGGGAUAUCUUAAUUAAAUAAAAAAUAAAAAAAAUAUCACCAAGAAGUGAAUGUAGUCUAUAUUAAUAUGUAACUUUCUAUUUCCUAAAAUAAUAAAUAAAUAUUUUCUAAUAGUUGGUUAAAAAUUAGCCAAUUUGACUUCUCGAAAAGCAAAAAGGACAUGUAAAUUGAUACGGAUGAAGUAUUUUAACGGAAGUUAGCAGAGGGGGGUGCGUAUCGUUCUUUAAAUGUAAAAAUAGGUGGUGCGAUUUGAGUUUCCAAAAGUAUGGGCACAAUAUCGUUUUUGAACGUAAGUUAGGGGGUCCGAUUUGCAAUUACUUGUAUAGUGACUUAACGGAGUUAACGGCGUUAACGGCAGAGGGGUGCAUCUCGGGUUUGAACUGUAAAGAUAAGGGGUGCGAGUUGAGUUUCUCAAAGUAUGGGUACAAUAUCGUUUUUGAACGAUAGUUAGGGGGUGCGAUAUGCAAUUACCUCUAU